AUUUGACCGCGGUCGGAGUUCGAAGUGUGUUUGCGAAUUGCUGCUCGCUAGGUCGUUUGAAGCUGAGGGCGGCGUAGAGGAAAAAAACACGUACGCAGCCUAAUAGGUGUAACGGAGCACUAGGCGUCUCCAUCGAGUUUCAAAAAGCGAAAAGCGUGAUUUAUGGGUGAUGCUCAGUGAGGCGAUAGGGAGGAAAAAAUGGUGUUGUUUUUGAGUGUGACCAACCAAAAAAAAAACAACAACACCACUUGAAGGCAGCACACAAUGGCAUCCCGUAACGAGUGAUAAAUGUUGCACAAAGUGGUGGUGAAAAUAGGAAGUAAUGAAACGUGCCUCCAUCGAGCGAGUGUUUCCCUACCGUGGGAUAAAACGUGCACGAGCAAUUUUUGAGUGUGUUGUGUGGGAAAAUUGUAAGGAUAUAGGCUUCCGUGGGAAAGCGGAAAUCCAAUUUAAUGGUUUAAUAUUAAUCGAAGCAGCGAGUUUACUUGUGAGCGGAGCAACAAUAAGCGUUCAAUAAGUGCGAAGUGAAUUUUUUUUUCGCCAAGCCACUCCCGUUUGUUGCUCCCCUGUGUUUCGGAGUGGUGGUGCAAGUUAUUAAUUUUCCGUCCCCCAUCGGUGGUUUGCUAGGUAGGUCGAAUCGGGCGGCGUGGAAGCGAUUCAGAUCAGUUCCCCUAUGGUGCUAUAAUUUGAAAAGUUUUACCACCCAUCGGCCACUCCUUAUAAAAGGUGGUGUAAAAACGGGCUGGUGACGUGCAGGAGGUGUCGGCCUCUUUUUCAUGCCACUACCAGGAUGUGACCACAUGUUCCCACCGGAACUGAAACAAUAAAACGCUGUGCCCGUGUCCUGACGUUACGACAUUGGUAACGGAAGUGAAAAGAAUACAAAAAAAAGCAAAUACAAAACAAUUUGUGGUGAAAUUUAUAUUUUGUUAAAUAAACCGGAAUACCAACCGUGCGUUCCUCAAUGAUACUGCGCUUCCUACGUCCUGAGCAUGAACACUUCGCCAACAGUCCGGCACCUUCACCACGACGCUGUUCAAAGCUUCGCUGCUGGGAAUGUGCGAUACUGAACGAUGUCCCAGCCGGGAAACCAAUCCCUUUCGGUCAACAGUUUACCAACCAAGGAUGCACGCCACGAGCCAUUCCAAUUUGCCGUGCGUUGAUAUGAUAAUGCGUAUUAUCCUUCACCCCAGUCAGGAUUAUCCAGCACGCACCGGGCCGGCUGCCAUCACCCGGCGCGUAUAGUGGACGAAAAACGAAAAACCCUUGAAAAAGAAAGAUUGUAAUAAAUCACACAACAAACGCAGAACGGCCUCUAGCUUGGUACGCAAAAACAACGGCACGUCAUCCCAUCCAAGAUGGAAUCGGUGCUGACCCGCUUCAAUCUCACGCUCGACAAUAUGACAACGUUAAGCUCCAACAUACGGCAGGGGCUUAUCGAGCAGUACAGCAACAACCGGAAGGUGGCCGACCCCUGGUAUCACAUCCUGAUCGUCAUGUACGGCACGCUGAUCGUGUUCGGUGCCACCGGGAACAGUCUGGUGGUGUUGGCCGUCGCCCGGAAACCGCAGAUGCGUACGGCUCGCAACAUGUUCAUCGUAAAUUUGGCCGUUUCCGAUCUCCUACUGUGCCUCGUGACGAUGCCACUGACACUGGUGGAAAUUCUCACCAAAUACUGGCCGAUGGGCCGGUUACCGUUUCUGUGCAAAUCCAUCGGCACACUGCAGGCCACGAGCAUCUUCGUGUCGACCAUCUCCAUCACCGCCAUUGCAUUAGAUAGGUAUCAAGUAAUUGUAUAUCCAACGCGUGAUAGCCUCCAGCUAAUGGGUGCCAUCGCCAUCCUCACCGGUAUCUGGAUCAUCUCGAUAGUGCUGGCGUCGCCGAUGUUCAUCACACGACAGCUGAUCCACUACGACGUCAAUCUUCCCAGCCUCGGCAUAGAGUACGUGUCGUACUGCAUCGAAGACUGGCCGAUCGCGUACGGCCGCGUCUACUAUUCGGCGUUCACCCUCUGCGUACAGUACGUGCUGCCUAUUCUCAUAGUGUCGGUAGCGUACCUUCGAAUCUACCUGAAGCUAAAGCACCGGCUGGUGGUCGGUACAGCGUCCAGCACGAGCGGGAAGCCCGGUGAAGCGAAACCAGUCCGCGAGCGGGAACGUGGCCGCAGGAUGCAACGCACCAACUAUCUGCUGAUCAGCAUCGCGCUCAUCUUUGGCGUUUCGUGGCUACCGCUAAACCUGUUCAACCUGUUCGCCGAUCUGUACGUCCAUUCCAUCACGCAGGACAUUAUGGUGGCGUACGCGAUCUGUCAUAUGGCCGGCAUGAGUUCGGCCUGCUCGAACCCGCUGCUGUACGGCUGGUUGAAUGACAAUUUUCGGAAAGAGUUCAACGAGCUACUGUGCCGGACGGCGUCGGGCGGCCGCUCGACCGGAUCGGGCGGCCACUCGAACGGAAGCCGAGCGAACGGUGCAGCUGCCACGGCCGGACGAACGAGAGGCGCUCGAACUGCGACCGGUGACGGUGCGCUCGCCGACGAUCGAACGCUGCCGGAAGUAACGCAGGUGCGCGAUCGCCAUGCAGCGGCACUGCUGCACGAAUCAGGCAUCACCGAGAACGGUGACCAUACUGAGCUGACCGAGCUGAUGUCCUGAUCCUGACCCCCGACACUGACCACCGGUGGGCCGUAGCGGGUGCCCGUAACGCCGCGGAGCACCCUCCGAGCCAUUGGAUCAAUCAGUCCGAAGUACUAACAGACAACGACGAGGAGGAGCAACAGAAGCUGUGCGCAUCGAACGACAACCAGGAGCAGGAGCGUCUCUGUGCCGGCGUGAAUGAAUGCUGAAGCCGAACGCGCCUAACGUUAUGCAGCCCGCACUGCUGCCCACCCAAUCAACGGUCCCCAUUCAAAUGUGCCUGCCGUGCCGCACCAGCAGCAGCACAAGUAGAGCAGCUAACGUAGAGGAGAACGGAGUUUUCCGCUACUGGCGCCACUUUCCCGAUCGCUACCACAACUGGCGGCGGAGAAAAUCUUGAGCCCUUACCGAUGCGUUUCGAUGCUAAUCAAUCGGCAACCGCUUCAACCAUACACGUGCCAUCGUAGCACGGGACAGCCUGAUUGAUUCCAGCGAAACGCAUCACUCCAAGGCCAGGUCACAGGAUAGCGGGGGGCUUUUGGAAACUGGCUCUACUUGUUGCUGCCCUCGUCAGCGAAUCGACAUGCACGCCGUUAUCAUCAAUAUGGUUGUCAUCUUGGCCUGCAAAACGCACUACACCGAUCGCUAAAUUGCUGUUGCAAAUUUUACAGCCUUUUCGAUGCCAUGCUUCGGGAUGCCACACAGCCGAGUGUACUGUGAGAGGAUUGUGCGACGAAACAACUUUUGUACAUAUAGCGAUUAAAAAGUCGAACGUGAUAUCGAUAGUAAGCUCCGCACAUAGGUUCAGUGAAAAUCGGGUCAUAGUCAUCGUUAGGGUCGGCUGAGCGAAACAGUUUUGUACAGUGUAGUCAAUGUAGGGUGUGUGUGUGUGUGCGUACCGCGAAGUUUGUACUUGGUUGGGCUAUCGUUAAAUAAAUCAGAGGAUAAAGUAUUUUGUAUGAGGUAAGAGGCUUCUAGCUCCCGCGCCGGUUCACAAGCCCACAAGGCCCGGUUGCCAAUGGAGCAUGUUUCAACAAAUAUAGAUAUUCGAGGAUUUCGUUAUGGAUUCAUUUUAAGAACGCUAAACACCUUAUCGAA